AUGGAUGGGGGUGCCCCAUGGACCAAGUCCCGCGGCUUCCCAGGCCACUCCUUGCCGCCCCAUGGUCGCCCACGCGUCACCACGACCGCCAUGACGUGUGCUCCUGCUCCUCCGCUAAGUAGCAGCCGCAAAAGCGACCGCGACCGCGCCACCGAGACGCUGGCAGCCGCCGCCGCCACCUGUUGCGCGUCCCGCUCCAGAGUUUAUCCUCAAGAGCGUCUACGUCUCGAGCAGGAAGUCGCCGCUUUGGACCAAUUGGAGCAGCGGAUCGAGAGCGAGAACACGACGGACUUCCGACUUGGUCGGGCGCUGCUGCUGGCCACGCGGCAGGAACGAGUGGUCAAGGCCCAGUCCGCGCUCAAGCGACGACGAGCAGCAGCUCAUCACGUCUGGACGUACGCGAGUGGCCAGGCGCGGGAGGUGUACGCGCGUCGCUGCGGAGAGCUCCAGCGAGCGAUGAACGCGGACAUUGAGCGGGAACUGCGGCGGCUCCAGACGGCCAAGGACGGCGUGAGUGUCACGAGUCGUCGACGACGAGCAGUGCAGGACGAUGGACGGCGAAGCGGGGCCGCAGUGGUGCGUGCAAAGAGUGGACUUGGUGUGCGGAGACGACGGACCAUGUACACGAGCGAGGAAGACGAGGAAGACGAGCGACAGGAGAAGGCGUUGUGGGAAGCGACGUCUUGUGAGGAACAGACGUAUCGAGCUCAAUUGCAGGAGAAGAAGCAGCUCGAGCGGCUGUUGAGCAGCGCUGCAGUGUUUCAACCUGUGGUGAAGCACGUGACAGCGAAAGAAGUGGCCGAGGAUCUGGAGCUGAUUCAGAGCGCCAUUGCGAGGCAGCGAGAGCAGGUGGAGAUGAAAGGCGGGACGAAACAAGCGAAGAAGAGGCAAUUGCAUCAUGUGAAGAAGACGAAAGAGGUGGAGAAGAAGAAGACGAAACCACCGCGACGGAUGACUGGGACGCCCAGGGAUGGACGACACGCUUUAAGACUGGACUCACCUGCGUCCGUGACAACGGGACACAGGAAAAAAGUGAACACAACAGCGACGUGUCGACGAUCUCGACUGCACUAUAACCCGAGCAUGCUGCAGGAGGGACAGGAAGUGGACGUGUUGAAACGUCGGCAUGCAAAAGAGGCAGCUGAUAGUGGCGGGCGCGAAAGCCAAGACGAAUGCGUCCUGUCCGGCACUAUCACUGCAGCUACGGCGACACAGGUGUAUGUGCUCACAGCCAGUGGUCGCUUUGAGUCAUUUGAUGUCCGCGACUGCGUACGGGGCACGCUCUAUGUGCGGGCAGCUGAGAAGCGCAAGAGCUUGAGCUACAGCGUGAAGGAAGAACUGGACGCUGGCAGUGCGUUGGAAUACAUAAGCCGAUGA